AUGGCCGCUGGGUGUGGUGAAGGCGACGCACUUGAAGCCGCGGUCUCUUUUCUCGUCUUCUGACACCGCCUGCGGCCCAGCGGGCUGGUUCAUGCUGAGCUGGGGGCGCAGACUUCGGCCAGGUUGUGGGAAGGUGAAAUAAAGAUAACUACAGCUUUCUGUGAAAAUGUCAGUUCUGAUAUCACAGAGUGUUAUAAAUUAUGUGGAAGAAGAAAAUAUUCCUGCUCUGAAAGCUCUCCUUGAAAAAUGCAAAGAUGUUGAUGAGAGAAAUGAGUGUGGCCAGACUCCACUGAUGAUAGCUGCUGAGCAAGGCAAUCUGGAAAUAGUAAAAGAAUUGAUUAAGAAUGGAGCUAACUGCAAUCUGGAAGAUUUGGAUAACUGGACAGCACUUAUAUCUGCUUCAAAAGAAGGACACAUACACAUUGUGGAAGAGCUACUUAAAUGUGGGGUUAACUUGGAGCACCGUGAUAUGGGGGGAUGGACAGCUCUCAUGUGGGCAUGCUACAAAGGCCGGACUGAUGUAGUAGAGUUGCUUCUUUCUCAUGGCGCCAGUCCAAGUGUCACUGGUCUGUAUAGUGUUUACCCAAUCAUUUGGGCAGCAGGAAGAGGCCAUGCAGAUAUAGUGCAUCUUCUACUGCAAAAUGGUGCUAAAGUCAACUGCUGUGAUAAGUUUGGAACCACCCCUUUGGUUUGGGCUGCACGAAAGGGUCAUUUGGAAUGUGUGAAGCAUUUAUUGGCAAUGGGUGCUGAUGUCGAUCAAGAAGGAGCAAAUUCAAUGACUGCACUUAUUGUGGCAGUAAAAGGAGGCUAUACACAGUCAGUAAAAGAAAUUUUGAAGCGGAAUCCAAAUGUAAAUUUAACUGACAAGGAUGGAAACACAGCCUUGAUGAUUGCAUCAAAGGAGGGACAUACAGAGAUUGUGCAGGAUCUGCUGGAUGCUGGGACAUAUGUGAACAUACCUGACAGGAGUGGGGAUACUGUGUUGAUUGGUGCUGUCAGAGGUGGUCAUGUCGAAAUUGUUCGAGCACUUCUCCAAAAAUAUGCUGAUAUUGACAUUAGAGGACAGGACAAUAAAACUGCUUUGUAUUGGGCUGUUGAAAAGGGAAAUGCAACAAUGGUGAGAGAUAUCCUACAGUGCAAUCCUGAUACUGAAAUAUGCACAAAGGAUGGUGAAACCCCACUGAUAAAGGCCACCAAGAUGAGAAAUAUCGAAGUAGUAGAGCUGCUGCUAGAUAAAGGAGCUAAGGUGUCUGCGAUAGAUAAGAAAGGAGAUACUCCCUUGCAUAUUGCUAUUCGUGGAAGGAGUCGGAAACUGGCAGAACUUCUUUUAAGAAAUCCCAAAGAUGGGCGUUUACUUUAUAGGCCAAACAAAGCAGGAGAGACUCCUUACAACAUUGACUGUAGCCAUCAGAAAAGCAUUUUAACACAAAUAUUUGGAGCCAGACACUUGUCUCCUACCGAAACAGAUGGUGACAUGCUUGGUUAUGAUUUAUAUAGCAGUGCCCUGGCAGAUAUUCUCAGUGAACCUACCAUGCAGCCGCCCAUUUGCGUGGGGUUGUAUGCACAGUGGGGAAGUGGGAAAUCUUUCUUACUCAAGAAACUGGAAGAUGAAAUGAAGACAUUUGCAGGACAACAGAUUGAACCGCUUUUUCAGUUUUCUUGGCUUAUCGUGUUUCUUACCCUGCUACUUUGUGGAGGGCUUGGCUUAUUGUUCGCUUUUACGGUUGACCCAAAUCUUGGCAUAGCAAUUUCAUUGAGCUUCCUGGCGCUCUUAUAUAUAUUCUUCAUUGUCAUUUACUUUGGUGGACGAAGGGAAGGAGAGAGUUGGAAUUGGGCCUGGGCCAUCAGUACCAGAUUGGCAAGGCAUAUUGGCUAUUUGGAACUUCUCUUCAGACUCAUGUUUGUGAACCCACCUGAACUGCCAGAGCAAACUACAAAAGCUUUGCCUGUGAGAUUUUUGUUUACAGAUUACAAUAGGCUGUCCAGCGUAGGUGGAGAAACUUCCUUGGCUGAAAUGAUCGCAACCCUCUCAGAUGCUUGUGAGAGAGAGUUUGGCUUUUUGGCAACCAGGCUUUUUCGAGUAUUCAAGACUGAAGAUACUCAGGGUAAAAAGAAGUGGAAAAAAACUUGCUGUCUGCCAUCAUUUGUCAUCUUCCUUUUUAUCUUUGGCUGCAUUAUUGCUGGAAUUACUCUUCUGGCUCUAUUCCGAGUUGACCCAAAACAUCUGACAGUAAAUGCUGUCCUCAUCUCAGUUGCGUCUAUGGUGGGGUUGGCCUUUGUGCUGAACUUUCGUACAUGGUGGCAAGUGUUGGACUCUCUCUUGAAUUCUCAAAGAAAACGCCUCCAUCACGCUGCUUCCAAAUUGCACAAGUUGAAAAGUGAAGGAUUCAUGAAAGUUCUGAAGUGUGAAGUGGAGUUGAUGGCCAGGAUGGCAAAAGCCAUCGACAGCUUCACUCAGAAUCAGACAAGACUGGUGGUCAUCAUUGACGGCUUAGAUGCCUGCGAGCAGGACAAAGUCCUUCAGAUGCUGGACACUGUCCGAAUUCUGUUUUCAAAAGGCCCAUUUAUUGCCAUUUUUGCAAGUGAUCCACAUAUUAUCAUAAAGGCCAUUAACCAGAACCUCAAUAGCGUGCUUCGCGAUUCAAACAUAAACGGACAUGACUACAUGCGCAACAUAGUUCACUUGCCCGUUUUCCUCAAUAGUCGUGGGCUCAGCAACGCAAGGAAAUUUCUUGUGACUUCAGCAGCAAACGGGGACCUGUCAUGCUCAGAUGCUGCAGGGAUACAGGAAGAUGCUGAUAGGAGAGUUUCACAGAACAGUCUUGGGGAGAUGACAAAACUAGGUAGCAAGACAGCCCUCAACAGACGGGACACAUACCGCAGAAGGCAGAUACAGAGGACCAUCACGCGGCAGAUGUCUUUUGAUCUCACAAAGUUGCUGGUUACCGAGGACUGGUUCAGUGACAUCAGUCCUCAGACCAUGAGAAGAUUACUCAAUAUUGUUUCUGUCACAGGGCGAUUACUGACCAAUCAGAUCAGUUUCAACUGGGACAGGCUUGCUAGCUGGAUCAACCUCACUGAGCAGUGGCCGUACCGGACUUCAUGGCUCAUCUUAUAUUUGGAAGAGACCGAAGGUGUCCCCGACCAAAUGACAUUAAAAACCAUCUAUGAAAGAAUAUCAAAGAAUAUUCCAACAACUAAAGAUGUUGAGCCACUGCUUGAAAUUGAUGGAGAUAAAAGAAAUUUUGAAGUGUUUCUUUCUUCAAGGACCCCAGUUCUUGUGGCUCGAGAUGUGAAGACGUUUCUGCCGUGCACUGUAAACCUAGAUCCCAAACUACGGGAGAUUAUUGCAGAUGUCCGCGCUGCAAGAGAGCAGAUCAACAUAGGAGGCCUUGCGUAUCCCCCACUCCCUCUGCAUGCAGCUGCUCCUCGGGCCCCAGCAGGGUGCAGUCAGCCCCCUUCUGUCUGCUCUUCCUCCACGUCCUUCAGCGGGCCAUUCACAGGGGCGCUGGUGUCACCGCAGCAGCCUCACAGCAGCUAUUACAGCGGCAUGACGGGCCCUCAGCAUCCCUUCUACAACAGGCCAUUCUUUGCCCCAUACCUUUACACGCCAAGGUAUUACCCUGGCAGUUCCCAACAUCUCAUCUCACGUUCAUCAAUAAAACCGAGUUUGCCCAGAGAUCAGAACAAUGGCCUAGAAGUUAUCAAGGAGGAGGAUGCUGAGGGGCUUCCUUCACCCACAGACUCCUGCAGGGGAUCAGGCCCUGCCACAGGAAUGCUUCUGUCACUGAAUUCAAUGACUGUGGAUGCUGUGUGUGAGAAACUGAGACACAUAGAAGGGCUGGACCAGAGCAUGGUGCCUCAGUAUUGUGCAACAAUCAAAAAGGCAAACAUAAAUGGGCGGGUGUUAGCACAAUGUAACAUUGAUGAACUGAAGAAAGAGAUGAACAUGAAUUUUGGAGACUGGCAUCUUUUCAGAAGCACAGUACUAGAGAUGAGAAAUGCAGAAAACCAGGUGGUUCCCGAAGACCCACGUUUUCUGAAUGAGAACACCAGCACCGCAGUUCCUCAUGGGGAAUCUACUCGUCGUUCUUCGCACAAUGAAUUGCCUCAUACCGAGCUUUCCAAUCAAACUCCCUACACAUUGAACUUCAGCUUUGAAGAACUGAAUACACUUGGCCUAGAUGAAGGUGCCCCACGUCACAGUAAUCUGAGUUGGCAGUCACAAACCCGCAGAACCCCAAGUCUUUCGAGUCUCAAUUCCCAGGAUUCCAGUAUUGAAAUUUCAAAGCUUACUGAUAAGGUGCAGGCCGAAUAUAGAGAUGCCUAUAGAGAGUAUAUUGCUCAGAUGUCCCAAUUAGAAGGGGGCACAGGGUCUACCACGAUCAGUGGCAGAUCUUCUCCACAUAGCACCUAUUAUUUGGGUCAGAGUUCAUCAGGGGGCUCUAUUCACUCUAAUGUAGAACAAGAAAAGGGAAAGGAUAGCGAGCCAAAGCAAGACGAUGGGCGGAAGUCAUUCCUAAUGAAGAGGGGGGAUGUCAUCGAUUACUCAUCAUCAGGGGUUUCCACUAACGAUGCCUCACCCCUGGACCCUAUUACUGAAGAAGACGAAAAGUCGGAUCAGUCAGGCAGUAAGCUGCUCCCAGGCAAGAAAUCCUCAGAAAGGUCCAGUCUCUUCCAGACAGAUCUGAAGCUUAAGGGAGGUGGACUGCGCUAUCAAAAACUUCCAAGUGAUGAAGAUGAAUCUGGUACAGAGGAGUCAGAUAAUACUCCACUGCUCAAAGAUGAUAAAGAUAAAAAAGCUGAAGGCAAAGCAGAGAGAGGGUCAAAGUCUCCAGAACACAGUGCCGAGCCUAUUAGAACAUUCAUUAAAGCAAAAGAGUAUUUAUCAGAUGCUCUCCUUGACAAAAAGGAUUCAUCAGAUUCAGGAGUGAGAUCCAACGAAAGUUCUCCUAAUCACUCUCUUCACAAUGAAGCUGCUGAUGAUUUGCAGCUGGAAAAGGCGAAUCUCAUCGAGCUGGAAGACGACAGCCACAGUGGGAAGCGGGGAAUGCCCCACAGCCUGAGCGGCCUGCAAGAUCCAAUUAUAACCCGCAUGUCCAUUUGCUCAGAAGACAAGAAAAGCCCUUCUGAAUGCAGUCUGAUAGCCAGCAGCCCUGAAGAAAGCUGGCCUACGUGCCAGAAGGCCUACAAUCUGAACCGAACACCCAGUACUGUGACUCUGAACAACAACACUGCCCCGGCUAAUCGAGCCAAUCAAAAUUUUGAUGAAAUGGAGGGAGUUAGGGAGACUUCUCAGGUCAUGUUGAGGUCUGGGUCUACUCCCAACCCCACUGCUAUUCAGAAUGAAAAUCUAAAAAGCAUGACGCAUAAGCGAAGCCAGCGCUCAAGUUACACAAGGCUUUCUAAAGAUGCUUCAGAGCUCCAUGCGGCAGCCUCUCCUGAUAGUACAGGUUUUGGAGAAGAAAGAGAAAGCAUUCUGUAAGAUAAACAAGCAGGAGUGGAAGAGUAGUAGUAUUCCCUUAUGACAAGAUUGUCUUGAAUUUCAGAUUCUUCCAUCACCUUCAUACAUUUCAUUCAUAGGUAGUUAACAGAGAAUGCUAUACACAGAGGAAAGCCUAGAAGUGAUGGUUCCCCAGCCAGCCUGCAUUGUGCUUGUAAUUAUCAUCUUCAAAUCUCACUACUAUUACUAUGCUUUUCAUUGGCACAUAAAUCCAAAAAAUGUUUGUGACACAAUCGGAGUAUAAACAUAGAUCAGAAACAGUCUAAAGGGCCUAAUUUGCAAAACAAACAUUCAUCAGACAUUUGAGGGAAGACGUGAUGUUAGAUGAAACAGAAGCAAAUUUUGGUCAUAAAUUGUUUAAAUGAAAAUUGACAGGUUUUGCCUGCUGUAGUUUCUUUAAGUGGGGCAGAGAGGGGCUUGUGGAAGGUGGAGGGAGAUGGUGGGGGCAAUCUAAGUAAUGUACAAUGUAAGAGUACUCAAGAAUUGUCAUAGUGAGUCCCCCCUGUACAAGGAAUAUAUCGUAAUACAAAUGGAAAUCAAAAGAAUUUACUGGUUUUCAGCUGGGUGCUAUGGCUCACAACCCCCUAAUCCCAGCUGCUUGGGAGGCGGAGACCAGGAGGAUUGAGAUCUGAGGCUGACCCAGGCAGAGAGCUAGACCCUAUCUGAAAAAUAACCUAAAGCC